AUGUGUGCCGCCCCUGCCCCUGCCCCGAGAGCCCUGACCCUGUUACUAGCCGCGGUGGUGGUGGUGGUGGUGACCGUGGCUAGUGUGGAGGCUGUACAACCCACCACCACCACCACCAGUACCAACACCUCCACCACCACCACCACCUCCAAGCCUCGUCUCUCAAGAAGGAUAUUAGAACCCCCGGAUUUCUUGGCUAAUACUCGAAGGGGGCGACGAAGAGGCCUUACUGGGGGAUCAGGAGGGAGGAGCAAGCCACCCCGUACCUCUAAAUCCUCUUCCACACCAAGUAUAGAGGAUUCAACCCCUCGGAUAGGAGAAUCUAGUCCCCGAUCAAGCCCUAAGGAUAAGAGUAAAGGAAAGCAAGGUGGAUCAGCCCCCAAGAAGCCAGACCAAGAGGAGGUGACCGCGAGCCCUCCCAACCUCCGCGGGGGCAAACGAGGUGUGCGCUUCUUCAGGCACGAGGAGACGGGGCGUGACGGCCGCGUGAGGGGUACCUACGGCUUCGUGGACGCCGACAACGACCUCCACGUGGUUGUGUACACUACCGACGCGCUGGGACACAGGAUUCGAACGGAGACACACGAGAUCGAGGGUUACGGCCACACCCUCUCGGCCAUCCUACAGAAGGACGUCUCGACAGCCCAGGUCAAGGAGGAGGUUCACCGUAUCCUAAGGCAGAGGAAGUCCUAUGCGGCCCCGGAGUCCUACGCUUCCUCUAAUGCCUCCCAAACCUCUGAUCCUUCGACGAAUACAUCCUCUUCCUCUUCUUUAGCCGCUGACUCCUCUAACUCCUUCUCUGUGUCCUCUUCUUCCUCUUCUGUAUCCUACGACUCACAUCUCUCCCCCUCUAAAGCUUCUAACUCCUCUUCUUCUUCCUCUUCUUUUAAAUCUUCAAUCUCUUCUAUUUCAUCUCCUUCAUUUUCUGAGUCUUCUUCUGAGUCUUCUACUUCAUCUCCUUCCCUUUCUGAAUCGUCUGUUUCCUCUCUAAUCUUCCCUGAGUCUCCUACAGUCCCUCCAUCCUACUCUAAGGACUCCACAUCCCCUCCUUUGCCUCCUGAUCCUUCCCCUUCCUCGGUAAAGACUCCUCGUUCGCCUCCUUCGCCCUCACGUCCUUCUACCUCGUCUUCUGCUUCUUCGUCAUCUCCUUCUGCAGUUGUUGAUGAGUCUUCUAGUUCCUCUGUUUUGUCCUUAGGAUCUAAUGGUUUGUCUCCCUCGCCUUCCACUUCUGUCCCUGUGUUCUUAAAGUUCAUUCGUUCCUCUUCACCAUCAAGGCUUUCUGUCCCUCCUUUGUCUGUCUCUUCUUCGGUUUCAAAGUCGCGUGGUUCAUCUUCUUUGGCAUCUAGAAUCUCUACCUCCUCUCCGCCUCCUUCCACCUCUUCCCUAUUUUCAAAGUCUAGUUCUUCUUCCUUAUCCUCUGAAACCUCUACCUCUUCUCCGCCUCCUUCUACCUCUUCCCCAUUUUCAAAGUCUAGUUCUUCUUCCUUAUCCUCUGAAAUCUCUACCUCCUCUCCGCCUCCUUCUACCUCUUCCCCAUUUUCAAAGUCUAGUUCUUCUUCCUUAUCCUCUGAAAUCUCUACCUCCUCUCCUCCUCCUCCUCCUCCUCCUACCUCUUCUCCAUUACGAAAGUCUCCUUCCUUUCCUCCCAAAAUCUCCACCUCCUCUCCUCUUCCUACCUCUUCUCCUAGUGCCUUUCCUGCGGCCAUUAGCUCCUACACAUCCUCACGCCCUUCCCUUGAGUCCUCCAGCGUCCCUAGUGCCUCCUCCUACUCCCCCUUCCUCCUCACCACGCCCCUGCCCCCCGCCACCACCCUGGGCUACCGGAGAUCCACCAGGGAGACGCCCACGGGGGAUGAGCCUUACUUCGAUGACGCUGAGCCGUUCCCCACCUCAGGGCGUCUCAAUAGCUUGCCGGGGGGCGAUGCGAAGUCUUCCUCCUUCGGCGGCACCGUCAGGAGGUUGCUUCCCCUUCGCUAUGAUGACUUCGGCAGGGGUGGUGUAGGCCUCGCCCCCUCGCAGCCUGGUGGAGGGAGAUACGCCCCCCCCGCCUCGGUCACCACCUUCCCCCCCGCGGUGUUGCAAGGUACAGACAACAAUCCCUCAUUUCGUUUACCUGUUGCCUCAUAGCUUGUGUUGCUUCCGUAGGUUCAGUGUUGCGAGGAAUGAUUAGUCUGAUUUUGCCCUUUUUUAUUAGUGUUUCUUCUUUUGCUUCUUUAUAUUGUGGCUCUUUAUUUCUCGCCUCUUCCUCUCGUCACCUUUACUUUCUUUCUUGCCUCAAAAAUCAGCGUUACCUUCAGUUUCAUCCCCUAAUUAGUUUGCCUUUCCAGGUGACACUUCAGGUAGCAGCAAGACUUUUCCUUUCACCUACCGCCUUUCCCUAUAUCCUCCACCUUUAUUACUCUUAUCAUCACCUGUAUACCUUCGUUUCUCCCUUGAUCAACAUC